AUGGCAGAAGCUGGCAGCCCUGUUGGUGGCAGUGGUGUGGCACGGGAAUCCCGGCGGCGCAGGAAGACAGUUUGGCAGGCCUGGCAAGAGCAGGCCCUGCUAUCAACUUUCAAGAAGAAGAGAUACCUGAGCUUCAAGGAGAGGAAGGAGCUGGCCAAGCGAAUGGGGGUCUCAGAUUGCCGCAUCCGCGUGUGGUUUCAGAACCGCAGGAAUCGCAGUGGAGAGGAGGGGCAUGCCUCAAAGAGGUCCAUCAGAGGCUCCAGGCGGCUAGCCUCGCCACAGCUCCAGGAAGAGCUUGGAUCCAGGCCACAGGGUAGAGGCAUGCGCUCAUCUGGCAGAAGGCCUCGCACUCGACUCACCUCGCUACAGCUCAGGAUCCUAGGGCAAGCCUUUGAGAGGAACCCACGACCAGGCUUUGCUACCAGGGAGGAGCUGGCGCGUGACACAGGGUUGCCCGAGGACACGAUCCACAUAUGGUUUCAAAACCGAAGAGCUCGGCGGCGCCACAGGAGGGGCAGGCCCACAGCUCAAGAUCAAGACUUGCUGGCGUCACAAGGGUCGGAUGGGGCCCCUGCAGGUCCGGAAGGCAGAGAGCGUGAAGGUGCCCAGGAGAGCUUGUUGCCACAGGAAGAAGCAGGAAGUACGGGCAUGGAUACCUCGAGCCCUAGCGACUUGCCCUCCUUCUGCGGAGAGUCCCAGCCUUUCCAAGUGGCACAGCCCCGUGGAGCAGGCCAACAAGAGGCCCCCACUCAAGCAGGCAACGCAGGCUCUCUGGAACCCCUCCUUGAUCAGCUGCUGGAUGAAGUCCAAGUAGAAGAGCCUGCUCCAGCCCCUCUGAAUUUGGAUGGAGACCCUGGUGGCAGGGUGCAUGAAGGUUCCCAGGAGAGCUUUUGGCCACAGGAAGAAGCAGGAAGUACAGGCAUGGAUACUUCUAGCCCCAGCGACUCAAACUCCUUCUGCAGAGAGUCCCAGCCUUCCCAAGUGGCACAGCCCUGUGGAGCGGGCCAAGAAGAUGCCCGCACUCAAGCAGACAGCACAGGCCCUCUGGAACUCCUCCUCCUUGAUCAACUGCUGGACGAAGUCCAAAAGGAAGAGCAUGUGCCAGUCCCACUGGAUUGGGGUAGAAAUCCUGGCAGCAGGGAGCAUGAAGGUUCCCAGGACAGCUUACUGCCCCUGGAGGAAGCAGUAAAUUCGGGCAUGGAUACCUCGAUCCCUAGCAUCUGGCCAACCUUCUGCAGAGAAUCCCAGCCUCCCCAAGUGGCACAGCCCUCUGGACCAGGCCAAGCACAGGCCCCCACUCAAGGUGGGAACACGGACCCCCUGGAGCUCUUCCUCUAUCAACUGUUGGAUGAAGUCCAAGUAGAAGAGCAUGCUCCAGCCCCUCUGAAUUGGGAUGUAGAUCCUGGUGGCAGGGUGCAUGAAGGUUCGUGGGAGAGCUUUUGGCCACAGGAAGAAGCAGGAAGUACAGGCCUGGAUACUUCAAGCCCCAGCGACUCAAACUCCUUCUGCAGAGAGUCCAAGCCUUCCCAAGUGGCACAGCGCCGUGGAGCGGGCCAAGAAGAUGCCCGCACUCAAGCAGACAGCACAGGCCCUCUGGAACUCCUCCUCCUUGAUCAACUGCUGGACGAAGUCCAAAAGGAAGAGCAUGUGCCAGCCCCACUGGAUUGGGGUAGAAAUCCUGGCAGCAUGGAGCAUGAAGGUUCCCAGGACAGCUUACUGCCCCUGGAGGAAGCAGCAAAUUCGGGCAGGGAUACCUCGAUCCCUAGCAUCUGGCCAGCCUUCUGCAGAAAAUCCCAGCCUCCCCAAGUGGCACAGCCCUCUGGACCAGGCCAAGCACAGGCCCCCAUUCAAGGUGGGAACACGGACCCCCUGGAGCUCUUCCUUGAUCAACUGCUGACCGAAGUCCAACUUGAGGAGCAGGGGCCUGCCCCUGUGAAUGUGGAGGAAACAUGGGAGCAAAUGGACACAACACCUGAUCUGCCUCUCACUUCAGAAGAAUAUCAGACUCUUCUAGAUAUGCUCUGA